GGUCGUGGACAAGGAGUACCGGGCGAGGGUGACGGACUUUGGCCUGGCGAAGAAGCUGAACGAGAGCCGCGACGCAAAGACGAUGUGCGGCUCGUACGGGUACGCCGCGCCCGAGAUCAUGAUGAACCUCGGGAAGUACACCUACGCCGUGGACCUGUACUCCUACGGCGUGCUGCUCUACAUGCUGGCCAGCGGGGGCGACCCGAACCCGAAGAGCCCGACGCAGCGCAUGCCGCCCAUGAAGCACUCCGGCCUGAGGAGGAAGCUGGAGGAGCUGGCUAGGCGGACGGCUCAGGGUCAACCCCCGCGGGGGUGGUGGGCCGUCUGCGGGACCAUCGCCGACCUCCUGGACAGGCUCACCGCGGACGAGCCCAGGAAGCGCCCGUCCGCCUCCGAGCUCAAGCAGGACCCCUUCUUCGCCGAGGCGCUCGGGCGGACCGUCGAGGGCCUGCUGCAGGAGGGCCCCUUCGAGCCCGCGCCCCUGCCGGGAGCAGCCGCGGCGGAGCCGUGACGCCCGCGAUCGCUGGCGCGCGCAAGGGGGCUGUGGCGACGGGCGACGGACGACGGUGGGAGGGAUGGAGGAUUACCCGACGCUGCCAGGAAAUGAGGCGCCGUCCCUCUCCGAGCGGAGCGGGCAUCGGUAGCGCCUCGGCCCUUCCGCGAGCUGCGCGGGCCACAGGAGAAUCUCGCAUAUCCGGGAAGAAGUUCCACCUCCUCGUCCUACAUGUUCCACC